CCUACAAACAAAUUUGAACACGACAACUGGGUGGGAACGUUUAACAGCAAGCUUCGUUUUCUUACCGGAUCGUUGUUGGUUGUCGAACCAGCAAAGCAAGCGGGAUGGAAGUAAGGGACGCCAAUGCUGCUAUGCUAAGCAAUUAUGAGGUCUAUCAGUUGCUGACAGACCUGAAAGAAAAAAGAAAGGAGAUGGUUAAAAAUAAGCACAGCACCGGGCAGCAGAAUCUCAACACCAUCAUGUAUGAGACCCUGAAGUACCUCUCCAAGACGCCGUGUGCUCAUCAGAAUCCAGACACUGUGAAAGAGUUCCUCACAUCUAUGCUGCCUCACAAGCUCACUAAAGCUGAGAAGUUGCAACUCCUUAACCACAGACCUCAGACUGCUGUCGAAAUCCAGCUGAUGGUAGAGGAGAGUGAAGAAAGACUGACAGAAGAACAGAUCGAUGAACUUAUACAGAAAGUCACAGACGUCCUGCCUGGUGACCCUCAGAAAGAAGGCAAUGCAUCUGCUGACCCUGAGAUGGAGACAGACCAGUAGCAUCACCCCUGGACACUCAAUUAUAUAUAUUGUGUGUUUUCCUUUUCAAACACACAAACUUUCUUCAGACUUGUUGACAGUGCUAGUGCUAAUAUCUGCUAAUAUAAAGUGAUGUCUAAGAAAAGUGUUAAAACAUGUAUUUAUUUUUCCUGGUGUAUAUAUUGCACAAUCAUACGAUAAAGAAAUACCAUAUAUGA